AUGGGGGAUGCCAUGAAGGAAGCGCUUCGUUCCGGCUCUGUUGAAUUCAUCUUAGACACAAUGCUGAAACCGCUAUUGGACGACCGAUCGUGCCGAGUGAUCAACUUGCCCAAUCAACUGGAGAUUCUUUUGAUCCAUGAUCCAGAUACUGAUAAAUCUGCUGCAGCCAUGGAUGUCAACGUUGGUAGCUUUAGCGAUCCGGAUGAUCUGCCGGGAACCGCGCACGCGGUAGAACAUUUUUGUUUUAUGGGCACGAAGAAGGUGAGCGACCGUGUAUCCAAGAAACAAAUACCAACAAUUCUCCGCUCAGUAUCCAAGAGAGAACGAAUAUACUACCUAUUUAUCUAA